CGAGCUUCAGCACAGUCCAAGAUGGCUGGCGGUAAGGCUGGAAAGGACUCCAGAAAGGCCAAGACAAAGGUGGUUUCCCGCUCGCAGCGAGCCGGCUUGCAGUUCCCUGUGGGCUGUAUUCGUCCACACCUGAAAUCUAGGACAACCAGCCAGAGACGUGUGGGCGCGACCGCUGCUGUGUACAGCACAGCCAUCCUGGAGUACCUCACCGCAGAGGUACUUGAGUUGGCAGGAAAUGCAUCAAAAGACUUAAAGGUAACGCAAAUUACCCCUCGUCACUUGCAACUUGUUAUACGUGGAGAUGAAGAAUUGGAUUCUCUGAUCAAGGCUACAAUUGCUGGUGGCGGUGUCAUCCCACACAUCCACAAAUGGCUGAUUGGGAAGAAAGGACAACAGAAGACUGUCUAA